AGACACAGUGUCCCUCACAGACUCAUACACUCAUGAGUGAACACUCUCUUGCACAUACAGUUUCAGCUGCCGCAAAUAUACACCCGCAAUACCAUAUACACUUCUCAAACACUGUACAUUUGCUUGUUCGCCCCCUGCAUAUAUUGUCCAGGAGGGUGUGAUUUGUCUUAGUGCGAGGAGUGUUUUGCUCAGCUGUUUUUGGGGCAAACUGACCCCAUCAUGUUUCUGGUUCUCAUAGCGACGACAGAGCUGAAGGAGUUCCUGGCCAAGGCGAGAGCCGGGUCUGUGAGGCUUAUCAAGGUGGUCAUCCAGGACGCUGGUGCUGGGGGCCUACAGAGAGCCGUCACAGAGCUGGGACCGGGACUAUGACCACUUUCUGCUUCCUCUUCUGGACGAGAUGGAGCCAUGCUAUGUCCUUUAUCGGCUGGACUCCCAGAAUGCUCAGGGCUAUGAGUGGAUUUUCAUCUCCUGGUCACCUGACCAGUCUCCGGUGAGGCAGAAGAUGCUGUAUGCUGCCACUCGGGCCACAGUGAAGAAAGAAUUUGGCGGGGGUCAUGUCAAAGAUGAAUUGUUUGGCACAACAGAGGAAGACAUUUGCCUCCAGGGAUACAAGCGGCACGUGGCCUCCUGCUCUGCCCCUGCACCGCUGACAGCAGCUGAACGGGAGCUUCAGCAAAUUAAAAUCAAUGAGGACAGGGUUGUGCGGGAUGAGCGCAGGCGGGCAGAUAGGCCCGCUGGCCGUGUGAAGGUGAAGACAGAGAUCAGCGUGGAGAGUAAGCACCAGACACUGCAGGGCCUUGCAUUCCCCCUGCAGGAAGAGGCCCGGCAUGCCCUGCAACAGCUCACACAGAGACGCAUCAAUUACAUACAGCUGCGGUUGGACACAGAGCGAGAGACCAUUGAGUUGGUGCACACCAACCCCACAGAAGUUAGCGAGCUGCCGCGGAGGAUCCCCACAGACACGCCGCGAUACCACUUCUUCCUCUAUAAGCACUCCCAUGAAGGGGACUACCUAGAGUCUGUGGUCUUUAUCUACUCCAUGCCUGGAUACAGCUGCAGCAUUAAAGAGAGGAUGCUGUACUCCAGCUGUAAGAGUCGACUGCUGGAUGAGGUGGAGCGGGACUACCAUCUGGAGAUCGCUAAAAAGAUGGAGAUCGACAGUGGGGCAGAGCUCACAGAGGAGUUGCUGUAUGAGGAGAUUCAUCCCAAACAGCAGGCCUUCAAGCAGGCCUUCGCCAAACCCCGUGGGCCAGCAGGGAAGCGAGGCAACAAGCGGAUAAUUAAGGGCCCCGGGGAAAAUGGAGAGGAGAACUAGAGAGGGGCUAGGUGGGGCUCGGCCCAUCUUCACCCUGCCCCCCGAUCCUGCCCCUGACCCCUCCUGAAGUGGAUGCGCCUCCAGCCCCAUACGUGUCCCGUGAGCUCCCACACUCUGUUGUCUGGAAGGAGGGGAAGGAAAUGGAAGAUUCUGUUAUUGUUUUUACCUUUUUCUCCCUGUUUUAUUAGCCAUGUCUCAAGCAUUUCACACAUGUAUCAAAAAAUCCUUCAGCAAAGAAGCCUAGAGGAACUCUCGCACUCGCAUACACGCACUCACGCCCUCAUAUUCUCUCUCUGCCUCACACACACACACACACACUCACACUCUCACACACACACUCACAUAGGAGGUCAUUCUGUAGGAAGUUAUCAGUUGAAAUUUAAAAAGCUUCUUGAAUCAGGGUGGAGCAAAAGCCCCGCCCCCUUCGUCACCCUGCGUUGGAGCCAGAUGUGGGUCAUUUGUGACCUUGGCAGAAAAAGGUGGACGGACAGACAGACAGCAGGAGCCAUGUGGGUUUGAAAUGAAAUGUUUCCCUGUUCCUUUCAGUUUCCUCAUCCUCCGUUUCGCUCGUGGGGUUUUCUGGGAAGCAGGCAAUGGGUCCCACCAUACCUCCAGCCUGUCUCUCACUACCUCCAUGAAUCUAUCACCUGAGUCUCUCUCAUUAACCCCUGCUACACCUGCAACUGUGUUGCUCCAUGCCUGUGGUGUCUCAUGGGUGCUUUUAUGGAUACAGCAGACACCACCAAGACUUGUUAGAUAACUAAGAAGGAAUUCUAAAUAAAAUCUUUUUUUCUGUA